CAUUAAAUACUAUAGUAAAAUAUGCAACAACAACCAAACAUGCUUGACUCGUUAACGUUUCUCUUUGAGAAGGUGUUCCUUUUCACCAACUUCAAUUUGUUUUCUACUAUCUCCACAGACGGAGAUAAAAAUGCAAACUACUUUGACUGGUCCUCCUUUAAGAGAGGCGAUUUGUUAGAAGUGCCGCGUACUCUCUUCAUUCACUUUGGCAUUUAUCUCGGAGACAAUAAAGUUGCCCACUUGAUGCCAGACAUCCUGCCAGCGCUUACCAACGACAAGCGUCAGAUUCAGAAAGUUGUGACGAACAAGAGACUUCUUCUGGGCGUACUUUCCAAAAUUGCUAGUAUACGAAUUGACACUGUGGAAGAUUUUGCAUAUGGGUCCAGCAUUAUUGUGAACCACAUGGACAACAUCCUCAAUAAACAGCAACUCCCUAACGAAGAGACAGCAAGAAGAGCCGAGAAACUUGUUGGAGCCACGCCUUAUAGUCUGCUUUGGAAUAACUGUGAACAUUUUGUCACAUACUGCAGAUAUGGACAACCUGUGAGUUUGCAAACAGACAAGUUCUGCGAUGUUCUGAAAAUGAUCAUCCGAGAUCAGAGAGGUGUUAUGCUGAUGGCUAUUUUGGGAAUAAUAUCUAUCCUUUAUCUUGGCCUGGCUCCUUCCACCACGCUGACCACCGUUCUCAUCCUAUUCACCCUAUGGAUGGCCAGUUAACUUCUGCAAAAGACAAAACAAUAACAUAGUAGUUAUUGCUUAAUAUAAAGGAAGGGGAGUAUGUUUUUAUCUUGCUGUGUAAGCCAAUAUAAUGCACCUGCCAAGAUGAAUGGUUUAUAGUUCAUAUAAAAUGUACUACAGGUAUGUUAAUGUGUAUUUGUAUAUACAUAUAUAUAUAUUGUAUGCAGAAAUUGAUUAACUGCCCCCCCCCCCAAGUUUAACCCUGGUCUGUACAGUCAGUUUGUAAAAUAAAAGUUCUUCAUUGAACAUGUCAAAGCACUUUUAUUUUUAAAUGUAUGUGCUGUAAUACCUGAAAGUGUAUGUGCUUAGUAUACAUGCUGUAUUGUAGGUUAAACUGCUCUUGAACAAAAGGUGACAAGCAUUUAUCUAGUUUUUCAAUGCAUGUGUGUGAGAUGUACAUAAUAGUGAGCUUGACAGAGGUUAGUGAGACACUCCUCUUUCACCAAACAGUA